AUGUACAUCAAGCAGAUCAUCAUUCAAGGCUUCAAGAGCUACAAGGACCAAACAGUCAUUGAGCCCUUCUCCCCCGGUACCAACGUCAUUGUCGGCCGCAAUGGCUCCGGCAAAAGCAACUUUUUCGCGGCCAUCCGGUUCGUUCUCAGCGACAACUAUAAUCAGAUGAGCCGCGAGGAGCGCCAGGGCCUGUUGCACGAGGGCUCCGGCUCUGCCGUCAUGUCGGCCUACGUCGAGAUCAUCUUUGACAACUCGGACGACCGCUUCCCGACCGGCGGCAAGGAGCUCAUCCUGCGACGCACCAUUGGCUCGAAGAAGGACGAGUACUCGCUCGACCGCAAGGUCGUCACCAAGAACGAUGUCAUCAACCUGCUCGAGGCUGCCGGCUUCUCGAGGUCCAACCCCUACUACAUUGUGCCGCAGGGUCGCGUCAGCGCCCUGACCAACAUGAAGGAAUCCGACAGGCUGAACCUCAUGAAGGAGGUCGCCGGUACCCAGGUGUACGAGGCCCGUCGCGCCGAGUCGCUGAAGAUUAUGAACGAGACGAACAACAAGAGGGAGAAGAUUGACGAGCUGCUCGGCUACAUCAAGGAGCGACUCGCCGAGCUCGAGGAGGAAAAGGAAGAGCUGCGGGGGUUCCAGGACAAGGAUCGGGACCGCAGGUGUCUCGAGUACGCCCUGUACUACCAGGAACAACAGGCCUUCCAGAGCCAGCUCGAGCGCAUCGAGAAUAUGCGCCAGAAUGGCCUCGAGAGCACAGAACAGAUCCGCAACGAGCUCAAGGAUGCCGAAAGGACCAUUGCCAAGCUCGACGCCGAGAUCACCAAGUUGACGCGCGAGAUGGACCUUCUCAAGAUCGAUCGGCGCCAACUGGACGAGGAGCGUCGCAAGACGGCAAAGGACAAGGCCGUGUCCGAGCUCAAGGUGAAGAACCUGUUCGACGGGCAGUCAGCGGCGGCGCAGGCGCAGCAGCAACACGACGCCGAGCUCAAGGCCGUGCGCAAGGAAAUGGCGGACAGCAAACACGAGCUCGAGAGGAUCACGCCUGUCUAUGCUGAACGGAGAAAGAAGGAGAACGAGAUACGACUGCAGAUGGACACUGCUGAGGCCGCUCGCACUCGCCUCUACAACAAGCAGACUCGCAGCUCUCAGUUUAAGAACAAGGCGGCGAGGGACAAGUGGUUGAGAGACGAAAUUGAGGACCUGCGCGCCAACAUCAUGUCACAAAAGGCAAACAAGCUGACCACUGCUGAAGAUGUCACUCGAGUAGAGAACUCCAUUCAGCAGCUCGAAGCUGAGAUGGCUGACCUGAGAUCGCAACUCGAAGGCUUCGGCGGCGCCAGAGACGAUCUCGAAAAAGACGCCGCCAAGGCCAGGGACGUCCUCAAUGGCUUGCAAGACGAAAAGCAGCUGCUGUCUCGCGACGAGGAGAAGCUCAGGCACAUGACUGAAACAGCACUGCAUGAGAAGCACGAUGCCGAGAACAGGCUGGGCCACUCGAUGGAUGGCGCUACAAAACGUGGUCUCGCGACGAUUCGCCGCCUCAAACGUGAGCAGGACAUUCCCGGUGCAUACGGUACUUUGGCGGAGCUUUUCGAGGUGAACGAGGCCUACCGCCUGGCUGCCGAGCAGAUCGCUGGAAACAGUCUGUUCCACUAUGUGGUGCAAGACUCGCGGACGUCCGAGUUCAUCAUUGAACAGCUGAACAGGCAAAAAGGUGGUCGUGUUACCUUCAUGCCGCUCGACCAACUGAGGCCGCGCCAAGUCAAUCUUCCCAGGUCACAGGACGCCGUACCCUUGCUCAGCAAGAUCAGAUACGACCCCAAGUACGAGAAGGCCUUUCAGCAAGUCUUCGGCAAGGUUGUCGUGUGCCGCACCCUGGCUAUCGCGACCCAGUACGCGAGGAGUCACGGUGUCGAUGCCAUCACUCCAGAGGGUGAUCAGGCGAGCAAGAGAGGUGCCAUGACAGGUGGUUACAUAGAGCCUGGAAGGUCGCGCCUGGAAGCAGUCCAUGCGCUGAACCAGGCGCGUGACUCGCACGAGCAUCUGCAGUCACAGCUCGAAGAGCUUGGCCAUCGAAUUGAACAGAAGGGGCAACAGAUCACACAGGCCAUGGGCGAGCUUCAAAAGGCCGAGCAAAAGCUCCGCCAUCUCCAGGGCGGGUUCGACCCGCUGCGAAAUCAGCUCAGCAGCAAGCACGCUUACCUGGAGCGGGAGAAGGCGCAUCUCGAGGCCGCCAUCAAACGCCGCGAGAAGGUGGAGAAGAACAUGAAGGAUUUCACAGAGACGUUGGCUGCUCACGAAGCCGAACUCUCGAGCGAGUUCAAGAAGGCACUCUCGCCCGCCGAGGAGCGCCAGCUGAGUGAGCUGGAGAAACAGGUCGACGAACUCCAAAAGGAGUGGAAUGAGACGAGUCGACAAAGGGGCGAGGUCGAGCGCCGCAAGCAGAUUCUCGAGGCCAACAUCAGCGAGAACCUUGAACAGCGGCUGAACCAACUCAUCAGCCAAGAGAUCGAGAACACGGUGUCCGGGCCAUCGGGCAACCUGAAAGAGGCGCAGCGUGAGCUCAAGAGGCUGCAGAAGGUCGCGGACGAGGUGGAAACCAAGCUCCAGGAGACCGAGACUCAGAUCGAGCAGCUGAGCGGCAAGGUUGCUCGCCGUGAAGCCAGCAAGGCUGAGAACGAGCAGCAUCUUCAAGAGAUAUCUGUCAAGGAGGCCAAACAACGAACCCUCAUCGAGAAGAGCCAGUCAAAGAAGGCAGUCUACAGUGCUCAGGCAGCGGAUGCCGCGAAGGCCAUCCGUGACCUCGGCGUUUUGCCAGACGACUUCAGCAAGUACGAAAACUUGGACUCGAAGCAGAUUGAUUCGAGGCUCAAGCGGGUUCGCAACGCCCUCAAGAAGUACCAGCACGUCAACAAGAAGGCCUUCGAACAGUACAACAGCUUCACCUCGCAGCAGGACCAGCUGUUGAAGCGACGCACCGAGCUCGAUGCUUCGCAACGCUCCAUCAAGGAACUCAUCGAGCAUCUCGACGAGCGCAAGGACGAAGCCAUUGAACGCACGUUCAAACAAGUGUCGAAGGAGUUUGCCACCAUCUUUGAGAAACUCGUGCCCGCGGGUCACGGCCGCCUCGUUAUCCAGCGACGCACCGACAAGCGCCAGGUUGACCCGGAGGAGUCGGAUGACGUCCAGCGCGGCAACGUCGAGAACUACACUGGUGUCGGAAUCAGCGUGUCGUUCAAUUCCAAGACGCUGGACGAGCAGCAGCGUAUCCAGCAGCUCAGUGGUGGCCAGAAGAGUCUCUGCGCCCUCUGCCUCAUCUUUGCCCUACAGCAGACCGAGUCCAGCCCCAUGGUCAUCUUUGACGAGGUCGAUGCCAACCUCGACGCCCAGUACCGUACCGCUGUCGCGGCCCUCCUGCAGAGUAUCUCGGACGAGGCCGGCACGCAGUUCAUCUGCACCACCUUCCGGCCCGAGAUUGUUCUUGUCGCGGACAAGUGCUAUGGCGUCACAUUUAGCAACAAGGCGUCCAGCAUCGACGUCUACUCGUCGGAAGAGGCGUUGAACUUUGUGGACGGCGAGGCCAAGGGGCGGUAG